CUCUCUUGUGCUUUCGAUCAAGUGGCGCUCAGGACACAACACAGUUCAUUCAGUAAAUAUUUAGGUUUUCUCUUUGCGGAGUGAGAUGUUUGGAUGAGGGGAAGGGCAUAUGCCAUCGAAAAUAACCGUAAGGACUGAUCACCAAACCAAAGUAAAAGCUUUAGAAUAGUCCGACUGAGAAAAUAUGGAUGAUCUAAAGCAUCAAGUUAUGAUAAAUCAGUUCGUCCUGACUGCUGGAUGCGCGGCAGACCAAGCCAAACAGCUUUUACAAUCCGCACACUGGCAGUUUGAGACUGCAUUAAGUGCAUUUUUUCAAGAAUCCAAUAUUCCAAUCAGUCACCAUCAUCAAAUGAUGCACACUCCAGCCAACACACCAGCAACACCUCCCAACUUCCCAGAUGCCAUGGCCAUGUUCUCCCGUCUUAAGGCCUCAGAGAGCUUCAACAGCAGCAGUCCCAUUGCCUCCAUGGCGACCUCCCCUACCCCUCAAGUCAACUGGGCCAUGGACUCCCCUGCCCUAGGUCCGACGCAGCAGGGCCCGUGGACUCCUAGGCAGCUGCCCUCUCAGCUGACUCCCCCUGGGGGGCCCCGUGCUGUCGCCCAGCCGCCCUCCGGUGAACAAGCCAGCGUCGCCAUGGAGGCAGAGAGAUGAGAGCACCGCAGGUGCCUUGCGAUACCAAGAGGAACCAAUGUGAAGUGGUCCUCUGGCUUAGUGAGAAACGAAGGGGCUGCGAGGGAAGGUGUCAAAUCCAGCCACAUGGCGGACAUGCUCAGAGGACCGAGAAUAGAGAGAAUACCGAGUAUACAGCCGAUGAAGACUUACAUGGUACCAUGUUGUAAAAUUCAGACAAUUUCAGACAGGUGCAUCUACCUUUACUCCUAAAAUUUGAAACCAGAGGCAAAGAUUGACUCUUAUUGAGGAUUAUCUUGUGCAUUCUGGUACACAUAGUUGUAGGGUUUUUAUUUGGGUCAACAUUAGCUGUUGCGUAAACAGCAGAUAGUAUUCCUGGGGUACAUACAAAACACAAAGCAUAUACAGAACAGUAAUACAAAAGAUCAGCACAAGGACAGAUUUACAUGCAUAUCGCUCCUUUUUUAUUUGUAUGGCAGUGUCCUAAUCUUCCCCUUUUGUUCUUGGACUGGAAGACUUUGCUACUGGGGUACACUCUUUAAAAACACUCUUCAACACUUUUUAACCAGUGUAAGUGUACCAACAUAUUGUGUUCUAGUAUUCUGAUGUGCAAAGAAACUAAUGUGGAUCUGCUGUUUGAAACAUUAGUGGAUGACUUUGACUCAGUCUAGGAGCACCAGCUAUUCACCUGUGUUUCACAAACUGCUCCUUUUUCAGUGAAUGUCUGCACUGAAUGGUUAACAAUGUUAUCAUGAUUUUGUGUUUUUUGUAUUACAUGUUAUUUUCUUUAACUACUAGUGUUUUGAGGGAAAGGGGAAAAAAGUUUCCAUCAGAGCUAUACUUCUUGCAUGAUAUUCUUGCUGUGUACCAUCUAUAUGUAGUGUGUAUAUAUAGUUUAUGAUGGAGUGAUGUUGUUGCUUAAGAUGGAAAUCAGCAUAUUUGAUGAUGUUGUCCCUCAGGAACUCUUGGCAAAAAAAAAUUUUGGCUCCUGACACAAUUUUUUUGUUGUUCUAUGGGAGAGGUUUUGCAAUUGAAAGGAAACUGAUACAUUCAGGGAACUGGCCAUCCAACCAUUUUCUAUUUUAUAGUCUCUGAUAAUCACAGCUGGUUUUUGGCUCAUUGAUUAAUCUGAACACAUAUGCCUUUUCAUUAUUGUUUUCUGACAGCUACCACAACAUUUGUGGACUACCGGACAGUUAACUGGAUUAUUCUGGGAUUUUGAAUAAAUAUUGGAUGUAACACACUG